GCAAACGCGAUACGCACUGGGUUUUUUUAGACACAAGACAAGAGGGUCGCACAUUGCGGUAACAAAUUCUUGCAAACUCGGAAAAAAGAAGGAGUUUCUUUCUCCACAGACGUAGCUGCCAUUUACAACAGACUAUUCAUUCAAAGGUGACCGGUCGUCCCAGAGAUGAAUUUCGAGCAGCCCCCUCCGUACCCAGGCAAUGGCCCCACUGCUCCAGGCUACCCAGCCCAAGGCCCGCCUCCACAGGGCUACCCAGCUCAGGGUUACCCACCUCAGGGCUAUCCUCCACAGGGGUACCCUGUGAACAUGGAGCAGCCUAAUGCAGGGUACCCACAAUACCCUGCGGGACAAAUGGGCCCGGGAGGUCCUUACCCUGACCAAGGACAGCCUCCUUAUGGGUACCCGGGACAACCGCAACCACAGUUUGGCUGGCAGGGGGGGCCCCAACCUGGGCCUAUGUAUGGGGAAGCUCCCAAAAACACAGUGUACGUGGUGGAGGACAGGAGAAGGGCCGACUCAGGAGACACAUGCCUGACGGCCUGCUGGACGGCUCUGUGUUGCUGCUGUCUCUGGGACAUGCUGACAUAACUACUCCCCCCCUCAUCUGCCUUAAACCUUGCACUCCUUUUAAAAAUCCCUCCAGUUUCCUCCACUAGUCUUCUGCCCGUCUAUAAAUAAACGCCUUGAUUCCCAUAUGGAAGUCUCUGUCCGGUGCCACUUAACUCUCCCUUGAUGUGAAACCCUCAGCACUGACCGGCCGUCGCUGUCCAGGGGCUACUCUGUAGCAGCUUGUACCUCGCUUCUAAACAUAACCUGAACGUCAGGCUCCUUGCUACAAUCUUACACACACACACACACACACAACACGUAUGGUAAACUCGGAUCUCAGGCUCAUCUAUAGUGUGAGGCUCUCUUGGCACUUUAUGACGAUUACCUCUGUAAGAUACUACUCCUGUCUGCCCUGUCAACCAUCUCCAGCCCUCCCUAACUCCGCCCUUCAGCCCCCCCCCCACACACCCUCACACCCCAAAGGGCACCAAGACCCCGGCUGCCGAUGAGCCACAGGGCGCUCUUUAAGAAGCUACUGCUUGAAAUGUAUCCCUUUCAUUUGCACAGAGGCCCUUUUUUUUUUUUUUUUUUGACCAAGUACGUCUUCAGGUGGAAUCAUGUGAAUGCAUUUUUAACGAUGACAGCGAUUUAUGUUUGAUUACUGUUAACAGUCGAUUGACACAAUGUUUUUUUGUUUUCCCAUGAUCUUAAUAUGAAAAAAAAUAAUAUUCCAAUGUUAUUUUUAUUACAUACCUUGGAAAAAAAAUUGAAAAUGUGGAAGAAAAAAAAAGUUUGGAGAAAAUAAAAACAUUGACUGCUUAACAGAAGAAACCAAAUGACCUGUCGGAUGCCUUUUUUUUUUUUUUCUUUGGAUGAGAAACUCGCAUUAAAAUAAUGUAUUCCCAUAAAA